CAUACACAAACUCAGAUAACUCCAUAUUAAUUCUUACUGCCUUCAACUGCGCCCUGCAAAGCCAUCAUUUCCAAAUAGAUGCAUCUUCAAACAAAUCAUUAUCCCGUUCCUUAAUCUAUCAUCUCACCUACUUAGUGGACAUUCAACUCCAAACCCUCUUCUCGACAUAGAAAAAUUCGGAUUCCACUAAUUCUCCGCAACAACAACAAAAAAAAAACAAAUCAUGUUUACAAACCCUAAUCAACAGGACUGGGGAAUCAGCAGGCAAAUUAAAAUUUUCUCCACGCCGAUAAGAUCCGGACUUGUUAACGAAAUGGCGAUUCGAAACUCCAACUCUCCACUUCCAAAGACUAGGAAGACGAUGACUAUAGAAUUCGGUUCAACUGAAUUCCCCCGCAUUUCUCAGCAACCAAGCAUCGCGCGAUAAGAGAAACGAAAAGAACAGAGUUUUUGAAAACAAACCUGAUUUGGACAGGAGCGAUUCCGAGGCUGCGUAGAGCCUGGAGGCGGAUCUGAGACCUGCGUUCAUAGCCAUGGCUUCGAUCGGCUUCUAGCGAGACGAAGACAGAGAGAAGAGCGAGCGCGAGGGAUUGGGAGUUGAACAAUUGGGGAUGAAAGGGUUGUGGUUUUCACUAUUUUCUAUUUUAAUUUAUAAUUUAUGUUUUUAGUAUAUAGUGGCCAGUGCCCAGUGGGCGUUCCAUUGCAUUGAGGCUUGGGCUUAAGUUUGGGCUUGAACGUGGCCUUUGUUUAUCUCUCCGCACAGCAGGUAACUGGGCCGAGGUCCAUUUUCCCAUUUACCACUCCUUGUAUCAAAACGAAGGAUUGUAAAAUCAAUCAAAACUGCACCGAAAAAAAAUCAACGAUAAGUUAUUUUAUGUUAUUGAAAAAAAUUAUGUUGAAAUUAGUAUUUAAUUAUCGUUUAACUGUUUUAUACCUUUAAAAUUAUCUAUCAAUUUAUACUCUAGUAAAAAAAAUCGAGUCAAAUUGUUAUUACGAUAUGAUUUUAAAAAUACUGAUUAAAAACUUAAAACUGACAAGGUAGAAUCCACUAAACACAUGGAAUGUCGCAUAUACCCUUUUUUUCCCAUAUACAACAAAAAGGAAAUAUUGGUUUCACAUUAUCAUUAAUUGCCCUUUUGACAAAAAGAAUCUAGUAGUAAUUGUUCUAGAUAGUGUUUUUGUAACCAAUAAGCUACCAUUUCAUAAUCCCUCCUUUUGAACAGGUCAGCCAUAUAAAACACUGUCAUUAAAUGAUUGGUCAACUAUCCAUAUUAAAAAAAAACAUAUCUCAGAAUAUCAAUGCCAUAUAAAUAGCACUCCCCUCUCUCUCUCAUCGCUCCAAACAUUAUAAUCUCUUCACAUUGCACAAGUUAUUCUCUCUUUUUAAAAAAAAAAAAAAAGUGAACAAGCCAAGCAUGAAGAACUCCACCAUUUUCCUUCUCUUCUUGGUGACACUUUUGGUCAUCAUUGGAAACGAGGUGGCAAUAGCGACGAGGGUUGGUGGUGCUGGAGAUGGGGGGAAGAAGUGCAAAGUAGGGACGUUCGAGACGCCUCAGUGCGUUCCCCAAACAUGCUUCUUUCAGUGCGACUUGAAGUACGGGAACCCAGUUGUUGGUCAAUGUGAAAAUGGUGCUUGUAUUUGUUAUGGCCCAUGUUGAUCGUCAUUAUAGCUAUUUCUUGUAACUUAAUUAGUGCAUCAAUAAAGUUUUCUUUCCUUCGUUAUUGCUAGUGCUUUCAUGUUAGUGGAGUGAUUGUUUAUCAACUAUUGCAAAUAUGAUUAUCUUUUGUUAGGGACCGCAACGAGUUUGGUGUGGGGCCGGUUUAUAUAUAUAGUGGCGUUUUCAGUGCACUCAUUUUUUUGGGUGCAUUCAGUGCACUCAUUUCAUAACCAUCAUUUUAAACAUGUGAUUCAUGUCAAAAUGAUGUCAAUCAUCACUUAUGAUGUGAUAAACAAUAAAGCACAUGAAUUUGCACAAAAACCAUUCAUGAUUUACUUUAAUUUGAAGGAUUUAGAGUUUAGAGAUUUAGGGUUAGGGUUAGGGUUUACAAUUUGGGGUUUAGUGAUAGAAUUCAAAAUUGGAGGUCUAGAGCUUAGGGUAAUCCAUUAAUUAGUUGUUAUCAUAUACUAUACCAUCUAUUACACUAAUUCUACAAAUUAAAAUUCAAAAUCUAACACCUUAAGACUAGUUGUUGAGUACAAUCACGUUUUUAAAAUUGUAAUCAUCCUCGUAAUCAAAAUGUGGGGAUGUA